AUGGAUUGCGGUCGUUUUCUUCGGUCCUUCAUCUCGACUCAACAGACGCCUUUGACGUCGGUGGUGAAUGCUGCCUGCCUACGCCAUCAUCGUGCUCUCUCAACCUCCGACACCGAAGUGGACGACGCUGUAGACGAUAAUGAUGAUGAUUUCACCCUGCCGGUGAUAAGCCAGCACACACCUUCUGCCUGCGCUAGUCAAGUAGCCAAGGCGACUGCCGCCCUGUCAAAUGCCACUGCACUCGCCUCCCCCACUCACUUUUUCCCGCGUGCAAGGUACCGAUCACCACCAGUCGUGCUUUCAUCUCACAAACAGAUUCGUGAUAAUUCCGAACACAACUACUUUUGCUACCAUCCUGUCGACCUGUUGCACGAGGUAUUGAAUUACGCCGACGAACCGAUCGACGUUGUUCCCCCAUGCAGCGACAGGGCGCACGUGCCGUCUCCUGUGGAGGCCUGUGCGACUGUCGUCGUUGGAACUCGCUUCGACGUGUUGGACAGGACCACCCAGGCGGCUCCGCCGAAGGUGCUUAUCGCCAUCCCGGUGUGCUCGGACAUGCCCAAACCCAGUCACGUGUUCACGUGGCCACGAAAGCGCAACAUCCUCAGCAAGCUCCAGAAUCGGCGGUCUUUGGACGUGUACAUACCACUGCCGUGCAAGGAGGACACGCUGGUGGCACCAGCCAAGGUCCGCUUGCUCGAGAAGCCGCCAAUGGACAUCAGCCUUCCCUUCGACUCAACCGACAUGGAUGCGUCGGCCUUCCUCAAAAUACUCCAAGCUGUUCUCGAGUCGCGACGCGAGGAGUGCUCCAGACCCACGGAAAUUGAGCAGAUGUCUCCGGCAGAGGUUAGUCGGUUUUCACGCCUCACCUGCCCGUCUGGCGUGAAUACUACUUUUGCGAACUUGUGUCGCUUCAGUAGUAUGUUGAGUUUGAUUCGAUUUUCGAUUGUUAUCAAGUUGGCUCAGGAGAAAUUGGAUCUUCAGAAGUGCCUGCUGUACUUUGAGAAGGAGAAGGGCCGACCCUGCGAUGUGAUCACCAAGAAGGUGAUGAAACCCCUCUACGACAGGUACCGGGCCGUGCGUCGGCUGGUUCGCUUAGCGUCGAACUCAGCUGUGCGCGACGCGCGCCCUCGUGCUGCCACGGCAACCGUCUCGCGAAGUAAGGCGACCUCAGCCGAAUUGCCCACGGCGGUGGCAACUUCCAGUGUUGAAGUGUCUUAUCAACCUGUGCUCGUGGAGGUGGCGGCCGGUGAUGCCGGCACCUGCGAUCCGAUAUCGAUCGGCGAAUUGGAGCCGCAAAAAACCAGCGACGCCAGCGUGCCCUCCACACACACUGACACCGAACAAACUGCCUCGACCACCGGCCAUGCCACGUCGUCGGUCUUUCUGGACUGGGACAUCAGUCUUGCCGAAUUUACGCAAACCGCACAGGAACUGACGCCCAGCGAGCUAUCCACUGGCCGCGCCGAGGUGCUAUCAGCCAAGCACAAACUUCAGCGCGUACUGCACGACUUUGAGAAGGGGAUUCAGGAAGCAACUAACCGACCUCCUUCGAAGAGAGAUCGAGAUGAACUUCGCGGGGAGUACAAUCGUUACCGCGACUUCAAGCAGCGCCUCUACAUUAUCGAUCGCCUCCUUGAAGCCCCGCAAACACCCCUGGAGGUGUUGCUGGCGGCCGCCCAGUCAGUCGGUCGAGCGCACAGACGAAGGCGACACGAUGAGCAACCCGUGGGGCUGUGUCAUGGUUCCCGCGUGCCUGUGCUUCACUCCCCCGACAGCACCUCCUGCACGUGA